AGUCAAUGCUAUUCUUAACCUUGAAUCGCAUCUCAUGGCUGGUAACGCCGCCCAGAUAAUCGGUAAAGUGCUCGACGACUUGUCCGUUAAGGUCUACAAUGCAAAGGAUUUGGGCAGCAACGUUGGUAUGUGGUUACCCGAAUCUGCAUCUACCCGUUGUGCAUUUACACCGCAUAUGAUACAACUGGCUCUUAUUACUUCUCCAAAUUUCUUCUUGAUCACGCCGCCCCUCAUGCUGGCAAUACGCUGUUGAUACCUUACCUACAUCAUGCUACCUGUCUCCAAAUUCUACCAAAUUCUAUUGUGCGAGCGUCUCGUAUUGACCAGUGGGCUUUGCCAGACUACCAAGUUGCCCAGAGCGUCGUCGACAUCACGCAGCAAUACAAACACCUGUUUGUCUUUGAGAAUACCGGCGGCAUGAACUGACGGUUCGCGCCCGGGCCUAUUUUAUCUCUGGCGCGGUUCGCCGGUCCACCGUUCCCAGCAUCACCACCAAUGGAGCUUGACUCACAAGAAUCGUCGAGCUCCCCUUCCAUGUCACAGUUUCAUCGUCAUCAUAAUUACCACCAAUCGCGCUACACUUCUCCGCCUCGGCCGGCGUCGGCUGCGAGUUUCUGUUCAUCUUCCAGUUCAUCGUCGUUUGCGGAUAAUCAGCAAUCCCGACUCUCUGUACGGCCACGUACUUCUCCAUCCUUGCAUUCAAUUUCAAUUCACGAUAUACGGCCAUCAAGCCCGGAUUUGCAGAGCUCAUCGCCAUCUGCUGGAAGUCAUCGCUCGUCCUUGAGUGGGAAGUUUGGCUCUACAUCAUCCUUGAUUGACGGGCUCUCUGGGCUCACCGUUGAGCAUGAUGGGCCACAGUCUUCCCAAGUAGCCACAUCUCAACCUGGGCAUUCGUUCUCAAUUGAUGAUCUUAGUCUUAUUUCCUCUUCCUCUCUGGAUGAAGCUCUUUCUCAGCUCGCGUCUGAACAUGAUCGGUCCCCACCUACUUAUGUACCUACAGCUGGAAAUAGCCGGUCUCGGCAGCCAAAUGCCUUCAGAACAUCAUCGUCUCGGGCUGUCAGCGAACUGAGCUUUGAUACGUCAUCUAGUGACUCUGUACUUUCAGUGGCGGAUCAGAUGGACGAUAACUUCUUUGAGCCCGUCAUGGAAGAAGAAACGCCACCAUCCAGUCAGUCAACUACGAAGGAUGCGCAACUGGGAGACCAAGAUCGGGAACUAUCGGAAUGCUCCGAUCUCUCAGAUCCAAUAUCGCCGGUGCAUGAGCCAAAAGUCAUCUUCCCCGCAUACCGGUCGCCGUCUUCCACUGGGAAGUUGAGUUACACAAUCCAAACCCCCAUGCGUUCCACCCCAUCUUCGCCUGUACAGUCCCCACAGUCUCCCCGAUCACCUCGCUCACCCCGUCUAUACCGUACUCGCUCUGGGAGCCUAGCAAGUGUAGCAGAGCUUAGACAACGUAGAGAAUUUGAAGAAGAGCGGUUAAACAUCGUAUUGAAGGGGAUACAUGUUCUCGGCAAAGACCAGACGUCAUCGCCACAGCGAGUUGUUAGCAUGAGCGUAGAUGCAGGUGGACGGUGGAGAAUUCAUGCGAUUUACGAGCCAUUGGGACCAUGACUUUUUCACGUGUAUGAAUGUCAAAAAACCCCUUAAUGAAAUGCUAAUGAAUGCUGCUAUUUCACCCCAUAAACGACCCCAACAUGCAUGCUCACACGGUCC